GUUCUGGUUCACGGAGCAUACCAUCAACCAUGGCACUUCAACAUACUGGCCGAAAAGCUCCGCGCUGCCGGAUACGCCGUCUCCGUGCCACAUCUACCCUCCUCUACCACCAGUAAGCCCGCUGGAAAUGUCUUCCUUCAAGACGUCGAAAAGAUCAAGAUUACCAUCGAAUCCGCGGCUGCAAAUUCAGACAGCGUAAUCCCUCUCUUUCACAGCUACGGCGGAGCUCCCGGAGGCGAAGCCGUCGCUCGACUUUCGUCGCAAGCGAGGAAAAAGAUACGUCGGCUGAUAUUUCUGGCCUCUUUCGUCCUCACUGAGGGGCAGUCUGUGCGUCCUGCUCACGUCCGCAGACCCAAUUUCACUACUCUCAAUGAAACGACGGGGAUCGCCUCAGCCAUUGACCCCAUCGGAGCAUUCUAUCACGAUCUCGAACCGGCGCUUGCGGCGGAAGCGAGCAAGCAUCUGUUGGGACAUGUCGAAGACGUUUUCUACGCAAAGGUGGAGACCAUGGGUUGGAAGGGCCUGCCGUGUACAUAUAUUACUUGCCUGGACGAUCGAGCGAUGCCACCAUUGAGGUACAAGAAGAUCUUCGAGGAGCUUGUUGCACGUGAGGGUGUGCAGGGGGACUGGGAGUUUGUCGAUCUGGAGGGAGGACACUCGCCGUAUUUGAGUAAGCCCGAUGUAUGCGUGGAGCUGAUUAGAAGGGCAAGCGGAAGC